AUGUCCCACGGCCGCACGUUUGAAUCCAUCGUGAAAACGAUAACAUUAAUCCAGGGCUCGUACUCCAUUACUCCUUCUAUUGCAUCUAUGCCGGGGAACAUAAAUGCCUCAUCCACCUCCCGAUCAGACAUCAUGUUUAGCUUGGAGCCACUUACUUGGCGGUGUUGCGGAAUUCUAGUCACGCUGGCAGACGUGCUGCAGCCUGUCCUGGCGAAAGAAAUCGCGGCGACUCUCCAAACUCCAAGGAAAGCACAGCGUCCCCAGGGGAAGGUCUAUCGAAGGACGAAGGGAAGGCUGCAGACCCGAGGAAUUGGGGGUAAUGUCGAGUUAGGGGAUGAGGAAGUGGAUCUAGACGCCCAGCGCGAAGCACUAGAGUCCUUUCGCAUCACUCAGGGCAGGGAAUCGGAGUCGGACGACCAGCGUGAGUCCUCCGCCGACCCACGAGGGGACGCCAGCGGUGUAAUCGGACUGCUGGAUGAAUCCUUCGCCGACGCCGCAAGUGAAUCGACGAUGGAGGGCGCGAGUUACAUGUCCCGUGUCAAAGCAGAAGCUGCGAAAGAGCGGUCAAGAGAAGAAUCACCGAGCGGCAGCAGACCUUCGGAGAUGCAACUCCCCAAAGAAGGAGAAGGAGAAGAGGAAAAGAGACAGACAACUCACAAUCAUAACAAGAGCCUGAAGAAAUGCCCCAACGUCCGCGUGCAAGCCAGGACCAAUGUACAGCAUAGAAGAACAAAGCUUGGCCAAAGCGUGCAUACAGAUGGAGUAGAAAUAGACAUCGGGGAUGUCGUAUGGGGAACAGGUGAAGUACUAGCGGGGUACUUAUGGGGAGGUUUCACUAAGGCAACUUUCGCAGGAUGCUUCGACGAUAAUGAGAAUGUGGGGUCGGAUAAUGCUAUGCGGGGUUGGAGGAAGGUGCAGCGUGGAUGGGAUGCCAGAGUAGGCAUUGCUGCGCCGAAUGUGCAAGAAUGGGUAGGGAUGGGGCGAGCCUAUGGCGGCGCUGAGACGCUGCAAGCUUGCCGAGUAGAUCUGGCGUGA